AUCACAAAAGAGAGAAAAGCGAUGCUGCCUAACAAGCUACCUAUGGUCUAUACCCAGCCAGGUUUUUGUUUUCUCUUCUUGGAGAAAUUAAAUUUUCAGUCUUUUUCUGAAACAAAUUAUUAAAUUUGGUAAUUAAGCUGCUGCAGCUGGCUAGGCCGGCAAUAUAAAUCGGCAAGGAGACAAAAAACAAGAGCUCUCUGCCCCUUUGGCUUUCAUAGAUGCUUUAAUUUGGUUGUUUGUAUGGUAUACAAACAUGAACCAACUCCUCUAAAUUAAAUUAGGUUGUAUUGUACGUAGCACCGAAGACAAUAUGGAACCAGCUGGAAAAGAGGACGGUGAAGUGAAGAAACUUGAUAUCAUUUACUUCCUUACCCGUAUGGGCCACAUGGAGCAUCCCCACCUCCUUCGCGUCCAACAUCUCAACGGCAACAGUGUCUAUCUUCGAGACGUUAAGAGAUGGCUAGCUGAUUUGCGAGGAAAAGAGAUGCCAGAAGCCUUUUCUUGGUCUUGCAAGAGGAGGUACAAAUCCGGUUAUGUUUGGCAAGACUUGAUGGACGCUGACCUAAUUAUCCCGGUCUGCGACAGCGAAUAUGUCCUUAAAGGCUCCCAACUUAUUCCUAAUAACAAUGUUCCCUUAGAUGCUACUCGGCAUUUCCAAAAGCGAGCAGUUGAUGAUGAGCAAGCAUCAAUGGAUCAUGCCCCAGCAGCUUCCAACCCAUCCUCUCAAGUCUACAAACACUCCCCUCAAUACGGUUCAGAAAGAUCGACGUUAACGGAGGAUGAUUCGAUGGAGCAUGAACUAGUCACCAGCAAGCUGGAAACUUCCCAUCUGUUGAAUAAUGAUAAUUUCUCUUUAUCUUCCAACACAAAGUCACCAUCAUGCACCAAGACCAAGAGCAGCAAGACCAAUUCGAGUGGGACUGGAGCAUCUCAUAUUUUUCGGAAUUUGCUAACCUGUGGUGCUGUUGACACCAACGACGCAGUGCUGGUGGUUCUUAAUCGUUCCACUAAAAUUACCAAUUCUGGGAUGUGUAAAGGAGACAAGUUGAGAGGGUCUCCCACAGCUUGGACUCAACAACACCAUACUGCCUGGGAUUCAAAUUCAAAAAAGGAUAAUAAAGAGGCAGGAUUUGGCAGCCCAAAGGUGGUUUCUGCAGCAAAGGUGAUUUCUGCAGCAUAUAGGCCAGUGGGAGAACCGAGUUGCUCGCAAUGUGGAAAGCCCUUCAAGCCUGAGAAAUUGCACUCGCACAUGAAGUCCUGCAAAGGAAUGAAAACCUGUGCCAAGACUUCGUCAGCUUUUGUUAAAAAGACACCAGUCAAUUCCUCCUAUCAACAGUCAGCUACAGGCUAUUUCCUUACCAAUUGAGUCCUCCCAGUCCCUGAUGCUUGCCAGGGACCAAAAGGUUUCUUGAUUUUCAGCCAAUUUUCUGUAGCUGACAUAUAAAAGAAACAUAUAGUUCAAUUCGUAUGAAAAAGCAGCCAUCGUGCAUAAUAAAUCUAAUUAAAUUUA